UGACAGUAGGGAACUGGACUUUGCUUUUGUUUUAUGGCUCUGAGCUGCUGAUACGUUCACGCCCAGUGAUCACUUUGUUUGCUCGGGUCUGCAGUCGAGUCAGUCUGUGCAUCUGACAGGAGCGUGGGGGGAAAAAAGAAAAAGAAGUAACAGAUUUGACAUUUUCUGUUCUUUUGAAGAGAUGUCUAGGUACCACAAAGCAGCGAUUGAUGGAUACUUGGACCUCUUGAAGGAGGCCACGAGGAAGGACCUGAACACCGCAGAUGAGGACGGCAUGACUCCCACCUUACUGGCUGCUUUCCACGGACAUGUCGAUGCUCUUCAGCUCAUAUGCAGCAGAGAAGGAGACCCCAACAGGAGUGACAUCUGGGGAAACACACCGUUGCACCACGCAGCGGCUAACGGCCACAUGCACAUCCUCAGCUUUCUGGUCAACUUCGGUGCUAACCUUUUUGCACUGGACAAUGAAUACCACACAGCUAUGGACGUUGCUGCUUCUCGUGACCGCAUGGACUGUGUGCGCUUCCUAGACGCUGCCGCCUCACAGCAGACCAACCAAAAUCCCAAGAAGGUCGCCAAUCUAAAGAAGGAGGCUGUCAAAGAGGCUGAGAAGCGCGUGAAACUCUGUGAGAAGGUUAAAAAGAAACACCAGAGCAAGAUGGAUAAAAUGCACCGUGGCAAUACUGGGUCUGUCUCAGAAGCCAGCAUGGCAUCAGCACUCUCAGACGGUGGUACCAUGUCCAGCGUCAAUGAGCAGUUCUCCAAGCUUAUUGCUGCUGAUAAAUCUGGCUCCCUUACAGCCAGGGUUAAAGGCACACUCCAGAAGAAGCUCGGGAAGAAAGAUAAAGGCACACUGCAGAGAUCAGGGGGGGAUGGGAAUGUUAUUUUCCUCAAACAGGAGAGUGGAGCGUCUGAGCAGCCAGGGUUUCUGGAUGUCUUCAAUGAGCAAGAUGAGAGCAUGUUGGACGGAGAAGGAAUGGCAGGCUCCGAAGGUUAUUAUGACGAUGACGAACCAGACCAAGUCAAACAGUCCAUCUUCAACCGGCCCGGCCUUGGAGGUCUGAUUUUUAUGAAGAAGAUGGGGGUGGAGUCAGAGGACAUCCCCAGCGGGAACAAUGAAAGUCUUGGCUACCUCGUUCAGAACGAGUUGUUCGAGGCAGAGGAAGACGCCGCUGGUUUCGAGGGGAAUGGUGAUGCUGAUCUGCCCUGGGAUCAGGAAGAUCUGGGACUGGAUGAUGAUGAAGAUGAGGAAACCUCUCCUUUGGAUGCAUUCUUGUCUGCCAUCUCCUUGCCAGAGUUUGCCCUUGCAUUCAGCAGAGAGCACCUAGACCUGGAGGCACUGAUGCUUUGCUCUGAUGAAGACCUGAAAGGCAUUCGCAUCCAGCUGGGACCCAGGAAGAAGAUCCUGGAAGCUGUUGCUCACAGAAAGAAAGCACUGGAGACUCCUGGCAUCAUGAAGGACAGCUGCUUGUGAUCUAAAAACAUGAACAGUGAUUAAAUACAUAUGUUUGAAGCUUAUUAGUCAGUACCUUUUGUAAAUAGAGCCAAAAGUUUGAUUUUCUGUAUAAAACAAAGAUGAUUCAGCAAAUUAUUUCUCAAAAUAACAAUUCCUACAACCUAAAGUAUCAAACUUCUUUCCAUGGAGAUGGAAUGACAUUGUGCUUUGUUUAUACAGUACUAUCCAUGUUAAAACUAAUUUACAAACAGUAUGUCAGGACUGUUAGGACCUACAAUAUCAACAAUGGCCUCCAUAAAUCAGGUUGACACAGACAAAACAAUUAUAACAUAAGCAAAUCGAUUUUAAAUCCAUAAAUGACAUAACAGGGUCAGUGGCUGAUUUUGGUUGUGCUCUUUUAUGUUUUAUAUAAUUAAUUUUUCUGUUGACAAAAUAAUUGUUGAAUAAAAAAAACAUGUCUCUAAUUUAA